AUGCAGGUUUCGGAAAAGAACGCGACUCUAAAUCUUCUACCGGAUGCCAAGGCCUUGUCUGCAGGCGCUCCGGGCUCCUCGGCCAAGAUCGGAGACAACAUCGGCGUUACUGUCAUCAUGCCAGAAGAAUUCUUCAGCAAAACGGAAGCAAUGUACCAGUCCUGCGCCACAUUCAUGGUCCUCUCCGGUUUCCUGGGACUUUGUCUGCUGCUGGCCGCUGGCUUCCUCUGCUUCCUCACAUCCCGGCUGCACAAAACAGUGGUACACGCCCACACCUCUAAUCUGGACACGGUUAUCAAAGAGCACCACCACAAGUACGGCGUGAGAGACUUCCUGGACCCUCCUUUCCAAUGACCAUCACAUUCACCGAAGGUGUUUAGUUGUUUUUCUCUUUUUCCAGUAAAUCGACAUGAUCUAGUGUUUCCUUAUUCCAAGUCCUUGUUUGUUAUAUGUUUGUCAGAAACCAAAAUAACUUUGUUAAAUUAAUUUGUUUAUGGGAAUUCGUGUAUAUACAUGCAGACGCACACACACACACGCAUACACACACACA